UGCCUAUCGGAAGUAGGCUGGAAUUACUUAAUUGUAUUUUUUUGAAUGAAUCAUUGGCAUUUUAUAAAUGAAACAUAGUUCAGUCUAUAAGGAUGGUAAAUUCGUGCUGUGAACAUAAGUAAGAAUUCUUGCAUAAGUUCUUCAAUUAAUGAAACUAUAUGUUUCACUAGUAAUUGAUUAUAUCAUUUUAUAGGCCCGUUUUUGGAAAACUGUUAAGAAUAUAACAUCUUAUCUAGUAACGAAUACAAGAAUGUUACGAGGAAAAUUUUUACAUUUAAUGCACUGUUGCUUUUUUUUGUCAUUCAUAUUUGCCUUUCUGGUUUUUGCGGGUGCUAUUAAUUUAAAUGAAGAUGAAAAAGCUUAUAUAGAUCCUAUUCAAACCUAUGGGUAUUUUGGAGCAGCAAUUUUAUACAUUUUCAGGCUCCUUACAUUGUUGACUAUACCUCAAGUUUUGUGUAAUUUUGCUGGACUGACAUUGUUUAAUGCAUUUCCUGGUAAAAUUAAAUUAAAGGGUUCUCCAUUGUUAGCACCAUUUAUCUGCAUAAGAGUUGUGACAAGAGGGGACUAUCCUAAAUUGGUAACCAACAAUGUUACAAGAAAUAUGAAUACUUGUUUGGAUGUGGGCUUGGAAAAUUUUAUCAUUGAAGUAGUAACUGAUAAAGCAAUUAAUCUGGCCAGUCAUAGAAGUGUCAGGGAAGUAGUUGUACCUGCAGAUUAUAAGACUAAAACUGGGGCCUUGUUUAAGUCAAGAGCUUUGCAGUACUGUUUGGAGGAUAAUGUGAAUAUAUUAGGUGAUUCUGAUUGGAUUGUUCAUUUGGAUGAAGAGACAUUGCUUACAGAGAAUUCAGUGCGAGGGAUUUUAAAUUUCGUCUUUGAUGGUCAAUAUCCUUUUGGCCAAGGACUUAUUACAUAUGCUAAUGAAGAAGUGGUAAACUGGCUCACAACGUUGGCUGACAGUUUUAGAGUGGCAGAUGAUAUGGGAAAGCUUAGAUUUCAGUUUUAUACAUUUCAUAAACCACUAUUCAGUUGGAAAGGAUCAUAUGUUGUUACUAAAGUAAGCGCAGAGAAGGCAGUUUCAUUUGACAAUGGGAUAGAUGGUUCUGUGGCCGAGGACUGUUUCUUUGCCAUCAAAGCUUAUAAAGAGGGUUAUUCAUUUAAUUUUGUGGAAGGCGAAAUGUGGGAGAAAUCUCCAUUUACUUUAUGGGACUUUAUGCAGCAGCGGAAAAGGUGGAUCCAAGGUAUACUUUUAGUAGUUCACUCUAAAGAAAUUCCCUUUUUUUAUAAAGUUUUCUUGGGAAUCUCGUGUUACUCAUGGGUUACACUACCCUUUUCAACUAGUAAUAUGUUUUUAGCGGCUUUAUGUCCUAUACAAUGUCCCCAUAUUUUAGACUUAAUUAUUGGCUUUAUAGGUGCGGUAAAUAUUUACAUGUACAUAUUUGGAGUCAUGAAAUCUUUUCCAAUGUAUAGAUUUGGUCCUUUGAAGUUUGUUAUGUGUAUCGCUGGGGCGUUGGCUACAAUUCCCUUUAAUAUUGUUAUAGAAAAUUUAGCUGUGAUUUGGGGUGUAUUGGGAAAGAAACAUAAGUUCUAUGUAGUAAAUAAAGAGGUAAAGACGCCAGUAACAGUGUAAGAAUGUUUUUGUAACACGCACAAUGAUAGUAGAUAAUGGUUAGUCUGAUUAACAAUCUUAUACAGGGUGUAACCGCAUAUGUUAAGCUAGAAAUCUCAAAUAUUACUUUAAAUAUAAAUAACCUAAAUACUUUAAAAUCUUAUCAGCUGUAAAAUCUGCUUGGACUAACUGCUGGUACACCCUGCUUAAACAUUGAAUCGUAAUUUACAAAUUUCAGUACAAAUUUUGUCACAAUCUUUGUCUUUUAGUAAUCAUUUAAAUCUUACAAAUUUUGGGAUGGAUUGCUGCUUAAGAUAACAUGUGAUACUAUGACAAGUUCGCUGUUUUUUUACGUUUUAUGUGAUGACCAACAUUAGUAUUAGGUGUCCAAUGCACACAUCCUAAUGAUUGCGACACUGAUAAGUCAUUGAUAAACACCGAUAGUAUUCAUAAACAUUUUAUAAGCCUCAUAUAGUCAUAGACCGUGUAUUUGUAAUGUAAAUAGUAGUCCUGGAUUCAGUUCCUCCUGAAAUAAUGUUAUCACAUUACUAGAGAAAGAAUGCUGAUCAUCUACCAGUAUUAGUGAUAAAUAAGCCAUAUGCAGGCGCUUGCUUAGUAGUAUCGGACAUAAAUGAAAGAAUAACUAUAGCUAUAUGUUGCUUAAAUAUGUUGUUAUAUUUAUGUAUAUUCCAAGUGAUAAGGACCUUGAGGGUUAUAGUUUAUACCCGAGUAUUGAAACGUUUUUUAACAUGAACAAGUAUAUAGUCAAUUUUUAUACAUACCAAAGACUUAAAUUAUUCAUAGUAUUAAGGAGAUUGUAAGAUAAUUUUAAGUCAUCAAUAGUGCUUUUACAUGUUUGUACUUAUUUGAAGUAUGUAUAUUUGGGAAAUUAGUUGUGUUAACGCAAGUUAAUUUUUUUAUUUCGUUUAAUUAGGUAAUUUAAUGUUACCAUUGCAUUUUUUUUGUUUAAGUAUAUUUAGGUUAAAUUUCCCACCUAUUUCAACUAUUUAAAACCCUGAUUGGUGUAUCUUUAUAAUAAUUGUUACACCACUCAGUCCUAAUAAAAGCGCAUGUAGGUGAUCAGCUUGUGCCUUCAAAUUUUAACGUUUCGCAUUGGAAGCAUAAAGCCUUCGUAAAUUAUUUUAACUACUAAAAGCCCGUAUAACAAGUGAUAAGAAAAAUUGUUCAUGAAGGUAAUUUAAUUGCGUUGAGCACUGCGAGAUUUUAUAAAAAAAUGUGAUAUGUAGCGAAACAUGUUUUAUUUGUAAUUUUGUAUUAUCCUGGAUUUUAAAUUGUAAAAUAAAUCCGUAUAUUUUAAUUUGUGAACAAUUUAGUUAUACAAGAAUUAUGUACCAUUUUUAGAUAAGAACUAAUGCUAUUUAUUUAGUUAUCACUUGAGGUAUGAAUGGUAUCUGUUAUGAUUCAGUACUUAGAAUUGUUGUGAGUUGAACUUAAUUUCUUUGUAAUACGGUGCGUUUUUGAAUAAAACAAUGUAAGGGCAUUGACGCGUUAUGCGCGUCAUGUCAAUUUUUAAAAUACAUUAUUUAGUACAAAUCCUACGAAAUUAUUGUCUUUCGAUUUGAUCUUUCUGUUUUUAAUUAUAAUCCUUAAACCAAUGCAAUAAGGUUUAAUGUCUAAACCAAAUCUAAAUCCCGUAAACACUAUUGGCCGUUUAGAUGAUUACUUGGUCGAAUUAACUGGCUACGCUUUGGCCAAUAUGCAAAAUAUAUAGAGUAUGGUUUGAAGCGUGCUUCUUGCAGCGUUUGCGGCUACAUAACCUUCUUCAAUUAUUCAUUCCGUAGCCACAAAAGCAUUGUAUUGCAGGCAAUUUUGCUACCUCGGUCCAUUAUUCUAAAUUGAUGUGCCUUCAAAAAGCGCUAUUCGACCAGUUAAAAGCUUAGCUAGAAUUUUAAUGCUGACAAUUUACCAAUUUACAAGCGUAAACGGGUAUCGAAUUGCGGUAUUUCCAGAAACUGCCUUUGCAAUGUUUCAAUAAUAAUAUGUUAAAGUAAAUCACGAAUGUUAGUAUAUGCGCAGGGGUUGUGUUUAGGUUAUUUUAAAGUAAAAUUACUUUCCCCCCAUUACGUCAUAGCUAAGUGUUGCCCAGAUUACUACAACUAUAUAAUCUACAGACUACAACAAUAUAAUCUCAAUUAAGUCUUAUGUAGAACCACCUAUGCUACUAGGCACUUAAGUGAGACUGAAGAUAACACAACAAUUCAAAUUCAAAUAAGUUUCCAUGUAUUAAGAUAUCAUAGUCUUGGCAUUACGUAUUGAAAUCGAAAUGAGCCCGCUUUCUUUGUUUGUAAGAUAGUUAAAUUACAUCUCAGUCGUAUUAUGUAUUUUGUCUAUUUAAUCAAAUAUUCGUAAAUUUCCUUUAUUUAUUAAAGUGAAAAUUGGAUUUCAAUUUCAUAAAGUUUUGAAUAUAUAGAGAUAUUUUGAUGAUUGUACCUCACAUUCAAAAAC